GUCCAAAUGCAAGGCUAUUUUGCCCAAGUCCACCGUCUCCUGUUCCACUCCUAUCAACUGGCCCAUGGACUUUGAUGCCGAAUCUCCCAAAAUUCCCUUCCUUGAUACAGAAGACGACUCGCCGCCGGCGCCAGAAGUCCUCUUAUCGGUGGCCGAUGAUUCCACGCAAGAGGUCACUUGGCUCAUGGUGGAGGCCUGUCUCACCCAACCCCUGCAUGUGCGACUUACAAAACAGGUCUACCAGCAGGUGUUA